UUCUAAGCUUUGCUUCUCUAAUCAAAUUGUGACAAAUUGGUUCACAUAUAAUUUCUAAAAUUUACAGUAUACGACUGUAUUUGUAUUUUCUAUCCAUGCGGAUUUUAUAAGAAGUAAAUGCAGUCAUGUUUAGACUAAUACCAAUUGAGAGACGUCUCUGUGAUCUUGGAAGUUCCUACGAUUUUAUAGCAAAUGCCUGUGGACGUAAGGAUAAGAGUGCACCUUUAUGGAUUUUCGACUGCCAUGGAGUAAACUCUGGUGUGGCUAUGCCGAUAGCUUCUAUUACUUAUGGUUCGUCUUGAUAUUAGGAUUAAUUGGUUUGAUGUACAAUAUAUAUCAAUUUAAGUUGAUUUACUUCUCGAAAGAGGUAAAUCCACCUUCCCGUUGGGAUAAUCUAAGAUUCUUUCCAAUUCCACCGCCAUUGGUCAGAAGAUUCGAUUUGUUGAAGCGUUUUCUGCAGGCUAAUGCCUGGGCUCUUUUAAUAUAUGCUGCAUCUUUAAAUCACCAUCUCACAUGUAUCCCUGGCUCUUGGUACAGGGUUUUUUAAUGAUCUUAAAAGUGAUCGGUGCCAUUAAAAACUUUAUUCUGGGAUUUUCGGAUGGAUCACGAUAUGGGACCAUGUUGAAUCUAACCUUCCAUGCCCUAAACACCUGUAUCAUUCAUAAGGCCAUUCAGGCAGUAUUCACUGCUCAGAAAAAGGAUAAGCCAGUAUAUGGAGCUAUCAUGUAUUAAAACAAUAAAUAUUUGUUAAUUGUUCUA